AUGCGAAUCCUCGCGCUAGCGAGCAUUCUGCCCCGCGCUGAGAACAUAAAGAGCAGUGCUACACCCUUUUUUCACUUGUGCCUUUCAGCCACUGACCGACAAGAACAAAACCGACCCGGGAAACUUGGGAAAAAGCCUCGAUCCUGUGUAUCAAUCCGUGAAUCCGUGAAAACCUAUCACGAUUUUCCUACUCGUAUUAACAAUUAUCGAUCAAAAUCACUUACAGGGUUGGCACCUCCUCAUAUUUUGCAUCCACAAGGCCCUCCGAUGUUUCGGCGCGUUUGUCAGAGUGUGAACAAGUGGGUUUGCUUUAUUAUCCUUACCUUGAAGGCUUCUGCGUCUUCGUCCUGUGAAUUUCUGGAAUAUAAAGCAAGUAGUAAACUAAGAGAGGACAACAUGGUGCGUAGUUACGAAGAUCGGAUUCGAGUGCUAGAAGAAAAAAUGUGUCAGGCGGAAGCGACGCACAAAAAUGCAAUAGAGAACGAACAGCGGUUAUCAGAAAAGGCAUGUGAACAUGUCAGACAGGAGCUGAGCUCAAAAGUGGAACGACUAAUGCAGGAGAACCAGGAACUCAAGAUUGAGCAGGAACAGCUUCACGCAAAGGUCAAACGAUUCUCGAACCAAAUCACCGCUUUGGAGGACCAGCUUGCGUUACAGAAUUCAGAAAUUACCUCGCUUCGUUCAAAACUGUCGUCCGCUGAACAAACAACACAAAGCAAAACAUCGGAUAUCAGUCGGUUAGAGAAUCGACUGAGUGUCCUUGAACAAGAGGUGACCGCGAAAGAUCAGUUGUUAUCCAAAACACAGGCGUUAUUGAAUUCGGAACAGGAGCACAAGUCCCGGUUACAAGAUGAAUUGCAACAGAACUGUAGACAAGUGGAGAAAUUGCAAACCUCGCUAAAUAAGGAGACUGAUGAAGUUAGCAAAGCGAACGAGAUCAUAAAGCGUCUACAAGCGGAAGUCAAGAGUCAGCAUACGAAGGCCAAGCUGCGAGGUCAAGUUGCUGCCGAACAAGAGCGUUUACUAUCUGCGAAAGAUACCGAAAUGCAAGAACUGCAUAACGAAGUGGAACGAUUAAAACGUGAACUGAAGGAAUCCAAGGAAUCAGUUUCCCAACUUGCCGAGCAGGUCAAAUCGACGUCUGCCGAACUGGUGGACGCGCAGCAAACGAUCAAGACGAAUGAGAAUAUUAUUGGUUGGUUGAACCGGCAGAUAUCUGAGAACCAAAUAGGCAAUGUUCAACACCGUUUACGCUCUGUAGGUUUUCCGACACCGUUAAAUGCAGUUGGAGCUGCACGAAUUCUGUCUCCACCUAAGGACUUGAAUUCGAAUACUACCAACUUUCAAAUCGCGCCGCCAUGGUAUCCUUCAGGUUCUUCGGCAGUUCCUUGCAGCACGAUUAUCGCUAGGCUAACACCUGCUCCACCCACAACUUCGCAGAAUAUUUUCCAUGGUUCUGAUCAUUCUUCUGCGGCUGCCACCAGUACUGUUACGGAUGGAGCGACAAAUUGUGCGAGUAAACCUAACGCUAACCCUAUUUACAGUUUACGAACGGUCAGCAGCACUGGCACAUACAGCAUGAAUCCACCGGCGGAUUCAGAACCGAAUAUCUUGGCGCGGAAGUCAGGUACACAGCAGAUGCUUCUACCUGCGCCGAUCACAAAAUCCACCCCGCUGCAUACGGAUUACAUUCCUCAUUCUGUUGGUCCCACAGACCCAACCGCUCCUGUUCGAUUUGGGCCUGUCACAUCAAGUUCACUGGUGCCUGUAACUUUAAGCCAGCACAAAAUUCCGUUGCCCGUUUACGUGCCAUCAACACUGCUGACCAGAACACGUCAACCUUGUUUAGACGUGGCCAUCACAGGAACGUCAAGCAAAUUCUACCAAACGGCUCGGCAAGGUUCAUCGGGGACAUCUGGUCAGGAUGAUACAAUACAUCAACAGUCACUUACUUCAGCUUAUUUUCCAAAACCUGUCGGAGCGAGUGUUCAGCGAUGAAACGGGCAUCUUGGAGGGUGUCUCUAACUUGUUUCCAGUUCUCCGAUGACCCACCGAUCAGACUUGUCCACUUGGUGAUCUCUGUUCUUUAUUCUUACUCAACGCCUUGAACUUCGUUCCGCUGUUUGCAUUUUCCAUUUUUUCUACGGUAGAAGAAUGUACGUAUCGACCCGGCCUGGUAUGAUGUAUUUCCGCUGUUGACGUAGCACUGGCGCACAUUCCGCCUGAUUUCCGUUUCUGUCGUUUGUAUUUUCUUUGUAAAUACGUUACUCAAAUAAUAUCGAAAGUUAUGGCUUGU